AUGGCGUGGGACAACCUCGACAUCACCAAGCCGCACUUGGUCUACAUUAUCCUCGGCGGCUUCACCUCGCUUUUCAUGCUAUGUUCUUCCAUUAUCAAGGAGCGCAUGUACAUUGGCGAGGCCACCAUCGCCACCCUCUGCGGCGUCAUCUUCGGACCCCAUGCCGCCAACCUCAUCGACCCGCGGUCCUGGGGCAGCGUUGAUAUCGUCACCGUCGAGUUCUCGCGCAUCGUUCUCGUCGUCCAGUGUUUUGCCGUCGGGGUCGAAUUGCCCAAGUUUUACAUGGAGAAGCACUGGCGCUCCGUCGUCUUCCUGCUGGUGCCCGUCAUGGCCGUUGGCUGGCUUCUGGUCAGCCUCUUCGUCUGGUGGAUGAUCCCGCCGCUUAACUGGCUCGAAUCCCUCGUCGUCGCCGCCUGCGUCACCGCCACCGAUCCCGUCCUGGCCUCGUCCGUGGUUGGCAAGGGUAAAUUCGCCAAGCGCGUGCCCAAGCAUCUGCGAGACUUGCUGUCGGCCGAGUCUGGCUGCAACGACGGCAUGGCCUUUCCCUUCAUCUACCUCUCGCUCUACCUGAUCCAGUACAACCGCAACGCCGGCGACGUCAGCUUCCACUUUGUCGUCUAUGUCAUCCUCUACGAGUGCAUCUUUGGCGCCUUCUACGGCUUCAUGAUCGGCUAUAUUGCGCGCCGCGGCAUCCGCUACGCCGAGGAGCACGACAUGAUUGAUCGUGAGAGUUUCCUCGUCUUCUACUUUGCCCUCUCGCUCUUCUGCGCCGGUUCGGGUAGUAUCCUCGGCGUAGACGAUCUCCUCGUGGGCUUUGCUGCCGGAGUCGGCUUCUCUAACGACGGCUGGUUCGGCGAAAAGACGGAGGAGUCGCACGUUUCCAACGUCAUCGACUUGCUUCUCAAUCUGGCCUACUUUGUCUACUUUGGCACCAUCAUCCCGUGGGAGCAGUACAACAACGGCUUCUUGGGCAUGGAGGUUUGGCGUCUCGUUGUUAUCGCCAUCUUCGUCAUCCUGUUCCGCCGCAUUCCCAUCAUGAUGAUGCUCAAGCCGCUCAUACCAGACAUCAAAAACUGGCGCGAGGCCCUCUUUGCAGGCCAUUUCGGCCCAAUAGGCGUCGGCGCCAUCUUCGUCGCCAUUCUUGCGCGGGCUGAGCUGGAGCACGACGAGCCUGUGCCGUUAUCGGACUUGCCAGCCGAGGGCACAGAUCAUUACAACCUGAUUUACCUCGUGUGGCCAAUAGUCACGUUCCUCGUCAUCUCGUCCAUUCUCGUCCACGGCUCCUCGAUUGCCGUCUUCACGCUCGGCAAGCGCAUCAAUACCCUGACGCUAACCAUGUCUUACACCGCCGCCCCCGAGGAUGGACCGUCGUGGAUGAACAGGCUGCCCAGGAUCUCGUCCCAGUCUAGAUCCCAGGCCCGAACGAUGUCGGAGACAUCCUUUGACGACUACAAGACGCCCGAGUUCCCCCCCGGCACGCUGCCCCCACCCGCGCAGUUUCUCCGUCGCCAGAGAGAAGAGGACAAUGGCCGCUCGGGCAGCCGUCCGUCAUCAUUGGUGGCCAAGAAGAGAAAGCACAGAAAGUGGGACGACGGCAUUGGGCCUGGCGGCCCCAUCAGUCAAUCGGCCAUCUUCCCUAACCGCUCAACGCCGGUAUCGCCCUCGCCCGAAAAGGAGACACCGCCAGAGACUGAAGUCAGAGACUCCACCCUGUCCGGCGACAGCCCUACAGAUGUUGAGCUGGAGAAGCUAGACGACGCAGAGGAGGAUCGUGGCCGCCGCCGCAGAGCUGACGAAAGCCAGAGCCCCCGGGCACCGCACGUCAACGUCUACGAGGAGGGCACCCACCUGGUCUUUGAAAACGACGAUGGCGAGGUGGUCGAUGCUCAACCAGCCCAGCGCAAGCCUGAAGAAGGCGGAAGAGAAGACGGAAAACGGCCCGCGCCCGCUCGGCAGAUAUCCAAGUCCGAGGCGGAGCGCUUCCAUUGGACCGUCGACAACAUCAAGCGUAAAAUGACAGACGUGUACAGCUCCGAAGUGGAGAAGCGAAAAGAGAAGGACAAGUCAAGACGACGACAUGAACCGGCCCGAGCCUAUCAGUUCGGUAACGCUAUUAUCGUCGAAGACGAGGACGGAGAAGUCGUUAAGACCUAUGAACUCCCCCCGCAGAAGCCCACUGGCCAGGAAAGUACCCUCAUCAACAACAGUCUCAAGUACCUUGGAUUGGGCGCCCUCGCACGCCAGCCCGAAAGGUCGGCCGCGUCUGCUGCCGAAGAAGGCAAGGCAGGCGAAUCCUCUGCCGCCGGUGCAGCAGCUUCAUCGUCGGCCAAACCCGUGUUCAAGCCCGGCUGGACGACCGGCUUUGGCGUUCUCGGCGGAGGCGGUGGCGAAGGCCGCAGGAAGAGCGUGGUCCACGAGGAGUCUGACGAUGAUAAGCAGAUUCGCUUCACCAUUGGAGGCGUGGGACGACGCAUGACCAAGGAGGACUUUAUCCGCGAGGUGCAAAAGCUCGAUGUGGGCACGCGCAAGGAGGUCGUGGACCAGUCGUCCGCCUCCACCGCGCUCAAGGACCUUGCUCGGCAAGACCUGCCACUGAGGCGGCCGCAGGACAUUCCCGAGAUUGUCGAGCCGGAAUCCAGCUCCGCCCCCAGCUCCACAUCGGCCUCCACAUCCGUCUCCCCCGCUCCCCGAGGCAGCUACCGAAACUCCGAGUCCGUGUCGCCGAGGCGGCAAGUUGAAGCGCCCCGAGGCCGCCCGGUCGACGCCCCUCUCCAGCCUUCAGAGCUGGAAGGCGAAACUGCCGUGGAGCGCAAGCGUCGCCUUGCUGCUUUGGGAGGACAACAGAGCGAGACGGAAGGCAGCGGGAGUGCAGCAGCCAGGCGACACAGGUCGGACAACAAUAACAACAACAACAAUAACAACAACAACCUCUCGACGGGCGAGACACCGGCUGAGCGAAGGCGGCGAGAAGCAGCCCUUGGCGUAGGCGGCGCGGCUGCCGCUGAGGACAGCGACUCUGACGACGAGGGCACGCCGCGAGUGCCGCCUGCACGGAGGGGAAUUCGGUUCGCGGAGCAGCCCAACAGGCAAAUGUGA